CACGCUUGUUACGUAGCAACUUCCUCAUUGGCCGAUUGUGCAUUCCAACUUCCGGUGAACUGUCAUACUGUCGUUUCUGUGUAUACGGAGGUAAACAAUGUUCGCCUAUUCAAGUUUUUUGGGAAAUCUGCCAAGGUUGUCUUUUGCAGACGUUCAUCGUCUGGUGAACCGUCACUCGACAACACCCCGCUCCAAACUGGACAAGGGAUACAGCUUGUUUUUUGAGAAAUUCAUUCACGACUAUGAAGUUUCCAACGUCAUUGACAGGGAGGUUGCUGUCAGGUCUAGGUGUUACAGGUCAAUGAGGAAGCGAGAACAGCCCCAUUAUUUGCAGAUUGUUUUCCAAGCUGAAGCUCCAGAACUGCAAGGAACAUCAUGCAGCUGUACAGCAGGGAAGGUCCUCUGCAACCACCUUGUGGCCUUGCUAUUCCAGUCGGCCCAUUACUGCAUGUUGAAGGUGACAGCUGUACCACCACCUGUGCCCUGCACAAGCUCCCUUCAAGCAUGGCAUCGGCCUAGGACCAUGGGGAUCCAUGCAGAACCGGUUCAGGACUUGGUAGUCAGGAAGCCAAAGCCAUCCACCAGGAGCGUGUGCAAAUCAACACUCUAUCAAGCAUACACUGGACCCCUGCCUGAUCCCAACAUGCUGGCUAUUGGGGAGAAGCUCACAAACAUCAGGCCGCAACCACUGAUCUCGUCUGUGCUGCACGGCCUAUCGCAGCUGUCGAUGGUAGACUCCAAGUUCGGACCUGUGCCACGAGGAUCCCCCCUGUCAUACCAGUGUCCUCCUGUGGUCAAAUGUGGGGAUUACAUCCAGCACCCAGAGGCACCAGCAUUCCCGAAUCUGCCCUUAGAGGACUCAACAUUUCCCACCCAAAUUCCACAAUUUGAAAAAAACUCAAUCCAAAUUUUGCAUUUCGACACUUUAACUGUUACAUAUAAUAUGGCAAGUGACAUAGAGAAGCAGACAAGAGAACAGUCUGAGUGCCCACUAUGGCAAGCUCUACGAAAGCCGAGAGUAACAGCAAGUAGAUUUUAUGAGGUUAGCCACGUCAGAGGGGUGUCCUCUGGUGAGUCCCUGGCAUUGAGAAUACUUAAGGGCACUCGCCAGACUCCUGCCAUGAAGAGGGGGCUGGAGCGGGAGCCACAGGUGCUGGAGCACUAUGCACAGGUGUGCAAUGUCAAUGUGGGUCGCUGUGGGUUAGUCAUUCACCCUCAAGCUCCUCACCUGGGGGCUAGCCCUGAUGCAAGGGUAUAUGACCCAAAUGAAAUUCCAUGUUUUGGCCUUGCUGAGGUGAAAUGCCCAGCCAUUUCAAACAUCACACAGGCAGGACAUGUAAAAAUUACUAAUGGGAAGGCGAAACUUAAAAGAAACCACAAGUACUACUGGCAGGUUCAAGGCCAACUUGCAGUAACUGGCUUGAGUUGGUGCGAUUUCAUUACGGAUACAGAGGAGGACUUAACCAUUGAAAGAGUGUGGAGGGAUGAUGAAUUGAUUGGAGAGAUGAAGGAGAAGGUUGACGUGUACUUUUUUGGUACAUUCAUGAAUGUUUAUCUUUUGCCCAAAGAAGUGUAAUUAACCAAAUGAUUAUUGAAAGAAUUCAUGAAUAAAUGAAGUGCACG